AUGGAGGCAAAAAAGGAACUUCAAUUGUUGAGCAAAGGGGACCGACGGAUGAUCGAAUAUUCGUCUCGAUACUGGCCCGAACACGCAUCUGAAAGUGGCAGCUACCCAACACAAGAUUCACUACAGACUCUCAUCGAACCCUUUUUAAUUGACAUCGAAUACAACUGUGUCUCGACCAAAUUCCGAAAUUGGUGCUGGAUGCUGCACAAGAAUAUCGGAUCACCGCCUCAUCGCAUCGAGAAGAGAAACAGCAGCGGCGAGGUUUACCUUUAUUAUUCCUGUCAAUUGCUUUGCAACCCCAUCUGGCUCGCCAGCUGCUACAACUGGCUCGAUGCAGUCGAAAAAUACAUAUAUGCGGCAGAUAUCGAGGGCCUUGAGGAGCCACGAAAACUUUUCGGUGAAGAUUUGCGACUCGUGUCAAGCACCAGUUCGAAUAAGUUUUAUAUGCUCGAGGAGGAACUGACACCCCUCCUCUACGCUGUAGCGAAAGGCAAUUUCCCACUUACAGAGUGUAUGCUUAAUUCUGUUCCUGACCUGACACAAACCAAUACACAAUCGAUGUCAAAGCCACUAGUCCGUGCCGCGGAAGGCGGCGACGUGAAGUUGGUCACUCUACUAUUGAACAAGCCCCAUGGCGGACUCGUGGGCGAAAAGGAUGCUCUUAUUGGCGCAGCGGGCAGGGGGAAAACCGAGGUAUGCCGGGUUUGCCUUUACUACAACGCCGAACUCCUCUACCUAAGCGGAACACUGGCGUUCAUCGCCGCCUGUAAAACUGGGAACCUCGAGACCGUCGCUUUUCUCCUGGAUCGUGGUGUUAGCACGGAAAAGGCGGUGGAGGGUCUUAACCUUGCCGCGCUGCGUGAACGAAGCGAGAUAGUCACUUUGCUUUUAGAAAGAGGACUGGGCAAAAAUGCCAUGUCCAAAGCCCUUAUUGUUGCCAUUUCAAACGGAGACACCAAGACGACAACGGUGUUGCUCGAUAAUGGCGCAGAGAAGGAGUCUGCAGCAGUGCUUCGCGCAACCAGAGAUGACACGCCUGUGACAGCACUACGCCUGAUACAACAGGGCUUCCCGGCCACUGGACGAUGGGGGCGGACAGGGCGAUCGCCUCUUCACUAUGCAUCACUCAAUGGACGCGAAAUUAUUGUCGCGGCUCUGCUUGGCGCCGGAGUGGUGGUCGAUAUGUAUGGCAGUCAGGGACAGACACCGCUGCACCUAUCAGCCAAGGUGGGGAGCACUCAGUGCGCCCGUAUGCUCCUCGAGAAAGGAGCCGAUGUUCUAGCCGAGGAUGAUGAGGGAAGGAUUCCGCUGGACUUUGCGGAGGAUAGUGAGGACGAGGCUUGUGUGACUGUCAUUCGAGGGUGGAUGGAACAACUUAUGGAGGCUCUAUUGCGGGCGAAGGCUGGCCGGGAGGUCAAAGCUGCCACAAUUGGUACACCGAGCAGGCCUCUUGCGUGGAAUAGUGGUGCUCUUGGAAAUACUGGUGAUUUUCACAGUCAAACCAACCCACCAUUUCCUAAGAACUACCAUCCGUUGCUUCCAGUCUGA